AUGCAAGACGACUAGUUCAAUCCCUACAAACGGUCAGUACAGUGAAUAAACAAUGGGAAAAGUGUUGAUUUUGAGCGUUGGUUUGCUUGUUGUGGCGAGUGUAGUAGCUGGAGGACGUUUCGAACGGUCCGUGUUUGCACCGAGAGUACGCCGUGAUGCUUCGAUGCGCUGUUGCAACGAUGGGUUUGACAAGAGUGAAAUUCACGCCAAAUUUGCCGAAGUCCGUAUGGCUUGUAUCGGAGAGCUCGGUUUGGGAGAGGUUCCUCAUGACGAGAUGAUGAAGAAUCAUGAGCAUCUGCACUGUAUUACCGAAUGUAUCGCAAAGAAGGAAGGCAUUGCGGACGAAAAUGGUGAACUGAUACAUACGGAUCUUGCCAAAAUAGUAAUGGAGCAUAUGAGCACGAUCGAGUGGAAGGUACCGCUCGCAGAAGGAUUUAUCAAGCAGUGUUUCGACGAGGUGGAAGCAGCAGACAGUGCCUUUGAACCGAGCGACGAUGCAAAAUGUAAUCCGGAAGGGUUCGACUUUGUAGUCUGUUUGUGGCGUCAGUUUACCCUUGCCUGUCCGGAAGAGUUCCGGGAUGAUUCGGAAAAGUGUGUCGAGUUGCGCGAAAAGCUAUCUAACAAGGAAGACGUAAGCGGUUUGCAUGAUGAAAUUGAGGCGGCUGAAUAAAAUGCAAACACAGCCUAAAUGUAUGCAAUCCGAUGGACAUGGAAAUGAGCUGCGCUGCUGAACGAUCAUGACUUUGGUUAGACAUGUAAGAUGCAUAUGAAUAAAGUACGAUACACAAUCAUGCCCUCAAAA